AUGACUCCAGCAGCAGAACAGUAUUUGAAGCAUUUGACAUUCUUCUUUGUUUCUCUCAGACUCCUCGGAAAACUUGCUUUCAAAAUUUUCCAUGAAAAUGACAGCAUCUGCAGUCCACCAUCACCCACCCCAGAAACUGGCCACGGAAGCUUUCUGGAGAGAAUCGAUUCAAAGGGUGUUGGUCUGGGGAUUGUUGGAUCUCUUUUGAACGACAACAAUUCUGUCGACCCCGAAAGCCCAAGGAUUCUGUUCGGAUUCCAAAUGCAGACUCAUAUUCCCUCCUUACUUCCUCCACCUGAAUCGCCUGAAACCUCAUCGGAUUCCGGAACAGAAGACACCUCAGAGUCCAAAGUCAGAACCUGGAGACCACCUCGAAUCUUCCAAAGCUAUCUGUCUGCCAGCGAGAUGGCAGUGUCUGAGGAGUACACUCGGGUGACUGUGCACCGCCCGAACCCGAAAGUCACGCAUAUAUUCAAUAACUGCAUUGUUGACAGCAGCUUGUUCGUAGGUGAAUUAUUGGGGUCGUCGUCGUCGUCGUCGCAGGAAGAUCAUCAACCUGUGGUGUAUACUUCUGAGAGGUUUCUGAGCUUCUGUUCUUUCUGUAAGAAAAGCAUUGAGGGGAAGGACAUCUUCAUGUUGAGGGGCGAGAGAGCCUUCUGCAGUGCUGACUGCCGAUACAACGGAAUACUGAUGAUGGAGGAGGAGGAGCUUUUGAAGGUGGCCGCUGUAAAGAAGAAGGACCUCUUGAUUGUUGCGGCUGUGUGA